AAAAAUUAUGCCUGACCUUAUUUAACCUCUGUGCAUCUUGGGUAUUUCAAGAUGGCGCUGAAUACGAAGAAGGUGGCGGCAAUAAUUUUUGACUUGGACAACACGUUGAUACCGACCAAAGAAGCGGACGACGAGGCUUACGAAUUGGUUAGGGAGGUGAUAGAGGAAGCAUGUCCGGGAUACGACACCGCUGCCAUGACCUCCAAGUUCAGGGUCGACCUGGGCUGGAACGAAGGGUGUGACCCCGACGGCAGGUUGACCGUGGACGAGUGGAGAACCCAGCUGUGGGAGAGCACCCUGAACGCGCAGGGCAUCACGCAGUACAACGGGCUUCCCGCCAGGAUGUACGCCACCUGGAAGCGGGAGCGGCUGAAGAGGAUGGUGUUCACCCCGGAGAUUAAGAAGAUGCUGGUGGAUCUGAGGAAGGAGUACAAGCUGCAGAUGAUGACUAACGGACCCCUGGAGCCACAGAGGAGGAUGGUGUUCACCCCGGAGAUUAAGAAGAUGCUGGUGGAUCUGAGGAAGGAGUACAAGCUGCAGAUGAUGACUAACGGACCCCUGGAGCCACAGAGGGAGAAGUCACAGGUAUGUUUGUUUGUUUGUUUGUUUGUUUGUUUAUGGUUGUUUUUAGGAGUACAAGCUGCAGAUGAUGACUAA